AGAGCCUUUGUCUUUCUCUUCUUUUUUUUUUAUUUCAUUAUUUCAUAACGGCAAAACAAUGGCAACUUUACCACCACCACAACAACAGCACCAGCAAAGAACCGAACCUGUCUCUAUACUCAAGUCCAGUGCUCGUUCGCAAAGUCCUCCAUCUGAAACCAUGUCCGUGUCCAUGGGAAAGGCCACACGCAUUGUGCUAAGCGAAGACGAAGAAGACGACGAUUAUGCUCCAGACUCACUCAACAAGUAUCUUUCGGACGGAGAAGACGACGAUCCUGCAGCAAUACCCAUUUCGGGUCAAGCGCUCGAGCUUUUACAGACUGAAAAGGCCAUCCAGUCUGGCUAUCUUUUGAAGAAAGGCGAAAAGCGAAGGACUUGGAAAAAGCGUUGGUUUGUCCUGCGGACGACAAAGUUGGCAAUGUACAAAGACAGCAAGGUAGAAAAAUCAGAGCGUGUGUGUGUGUGCGUGUGUGCAAGAGACAGAGUAGAAAAAAGGCGCGCGGCUUGGUAGGGGAAAGGAAAACCCCCAUGAGCAUAUCACCUGAUCCAACUCCCCUUUCUUUGUUUGGUCAACCCCCAACAACCAACCAAUCCUUUCAGGAAUAUAAGCUUUUACGAAUCAUCGACCUACACGAGAUCCACAGCGUCGUCCAUGUCACAUCAAGGAACAAGUACAAGUACAUGUUUGCUAUCAGCACUCCGAAGCGCAUGUAUUAUCUGCAGGCGGACAACCAGCAUGAAUUGGAUGGCUGGAUUGCAGCUAUUGAGCAUGCCAAGGCGGAGCUUGCUCUGUACGGUGCAGACGACGACGAUGCCAGCUCCGUCGGGCGUGAUCAGGCCUUUGCCAAGGAUGUGAUAUCGUCAUACAAAUCACAACACUCUCAGCAACAGCAACAGCAACAGCAGCAAAAACAUCAACGACGAAGAUCUUCAGGCGCAGACUCGUCAUCGGGUAUGAUGCGACGACGGCCAUCAUC